AUGAGAUUCUUCGUGGUUUUUGCGGCCUUGGCGCCCUUGCUGGCACUUCGUGGGGCUUCUCUUGGAUCCUCACACGACGGCAGCAGCAUGUGCCCAUGCAUAGGCAAAGACGACCGCUGGGAGUGUGUCAAGGAAAAACUGGCGAGCUACGUAUCAUGUCCUGACGACUUUGGUAUUGGCUGCAAGACCCACAACAUAAGCGAGGACUGUGCAGUUUCUUUGUACCAGAGCGAUGUUGGAAAACAGCUCCAAUGCGGUCUAUCCCAUUCAGGAGAAUCACCUUGGUGCAACACGUCGUGGUGCUAUGUCAACGACUCAAAUUGCAUUGUGGACUGGGACUGGGGUGUGUUGGGCCCCUAUUCCUAUGCCACCUGCGGGAACCUGCGACAGGGGAGUGACAAGUACUUCCAAAAGUCGCUGGCCGCGUUUCUGCAGGAUGAUCCUCUCCGGGUCUUCCACCCAGUGAGCACUUUGGAAGGAGCCUACUUGGGAAACACCGAGUGCCACGAGCACUAUGAUGCUGAAUACCUGACACAUCAGAAGUGCAAAGGUGUCGUAGCAGAGUUUUGGGCAAGAUCACUGGAUGAGCUCAACAGUAACGAGUACCAAGUUAAAGUCGACCAUACAAUCAUCAGAAGGGUUGAGAAUGACAUCGAGAAUGGCAUCGACCAAUAUUUCAUUGUCUCGAACCUCACAAAAGCUUUUGAAGAGUACCAGGGAAAAUUUCGGGAGAACUGGACUGAGAGGCCUUCCAACUUUGAUCUGUGCGCCUUCGCAACAGGAAUGGGUUAUGUGGACUUGUGCUCUGGGGCAUUCGCCUUGACUCAUCGGCGGCAACAAAUGACCUUCAUGAUUGAGUUGUACACCUCUCCAGUCUUCAUGGUAUCCAAAAGCAUGUGUGACUUCCUUGCGUCAGACGACUUCGGCUCUGAAAAAUUUUGGUUGUGGUGGGUUUUUGUCUUUAGUCCCGGAGCUUGGGGUUUCUUCGUCUGCGUCGUAUUCUCCUUCAUUGUGGCCAUGAAAUGCCUCGACCAUUGCCUCGACGAACAAUCCGGAUCAGCUUUCGCCUUCCAGUCGAAAACCAGCCACAGGAGGGACUCGAACAAACCAAGCCGCACUCGUCCAUCCCACGUGCUGCGCUUGGGCCUGGGCUUCUUCAUUGUGUUGAGCCUGGCAGUGUAUGGGGCCAAAAUCACUGCAGAGAUGGUCUCAGCAAAACAGGUGAAAGGAGAGGUACCAAACUUGGAGAAGGCAAACACAGGACCAAAUGAGGUCAAAGUGUGCACCCACUCAGUUUUCAAAGAAUCCCUGGAGCUCCACGGGAGUGAAAAAAUCGUGCCAGUAUAUUCGGAUACCUGGAAAAAGCUCUUGGAGAACUUGGAGGAUAAAAAGUGUACUGCUGCACUUUUGGAUGAUGAGGCUUGGAACGCUUUUCGAAGCCGCGAAAAGCUUUGUGACUUUUACAAAGAACAAACAGCCGAUUUUUACGUGCCUACAGGAGUUGUCGUAUCCAAGCGAGCUUAUCGGACUCUCGAAACCUUCCGAUUCGAUACCCUCAAAACUGCAGUCUUCUUUGACAAGUCAAAGGUGCCCGGACAUGCUUGCCACCGUCCAAACUCAGCAGAGGUUGUUUGUGACAACAUCAUCAAGGACGGCGUGCCAUGGUAUAUGCUUUUCAGCCUCUUCGUGGUGGCAGCCGCUUGCGCUGUGUGUAGCUGUAUUGCCAUUUACUUCCGUGGAGAAGAUGAGGAGAAUGAAGAGGAGAAGAAGGAGGUCAAAAGGGAGGAGGACAUGAGAGCAAACAUUGAUGAGCGCCUUGAGCGCAUAGAUGAACGUAUAGACCGUAUAGAUAAGAAAAUGAAAAUGGCAAACAUUCAGCGUCUUUUCGACCAGAAAUCUUACCAGCGAUCGCAGGAGGUUGCCGGCCCUCCCGCACCGGAUGCAACACCAAAAAGCCAGGAUCCCGAAAAUCCGACGGAUGCUGCCCCUAGCAACCCCUUACCAACUUCUUUGAAGAAAGAGUUCAGGCAUCCAGACCAAACAGCAGGCGCCAAGUGA